AUGCGCGUCUUCACUCAAGGGCAGUUGCUCUGGUCGUUCUCACUUCUGAGCCUUGUGGCAGGAUUCCCGGGAGCAGAUACCCAUGGUGGUAAUUUGGCCCACCGAGGAUCACACAAACGAUGCCCAUAUGCCCCAAGCCAGGAACAGGCAAGGCCAGAACAUGACAAGCGGUUUCUUUUUGAUUUGAUGGAUUCACCUGUUGUUGUCACUGGGGAACAUGCCUUCCAACCACCGAACUUUGAGAAUGGUGACCAGCGCGGUCCUUGUCCAGGUCUCAACGCGCUUGCCAACCAUGGCUAUAUCCCACGAAACGGUGUGGUGCCAUUUGCGAAAGUCAUUUCAGCGAUCAAUGAGGUUUACGGCAUGGGUGUCGAUCUAGCUACUGUCCUUGCAAUCAUGGGCACCGUCUGGACAGGAGAUCCGCUGUCCUUAGAUCCGAGCUUCUCCAUCGGUGGCCGCGAUACAGGCGUCAACAACCUCUUGAACAAUUUAGGUGGCAUUCUAGGUGAUCCCCAAGGCCUGAUUGGGUCACACAACUUUAUCGAAGCAGACUCCUCCAACACGCGGGACGACCUCUAUGUGACAGGAAACAACUACGCACUUAACAUGGAGAAGUUUAUGUCUUGGUAUAACAUGUCAACCGACGGUACAUUUGAUAUGGAUCUGAUGGCCAAGCGUGCAAAGAACCGCUUUGAAGAAACCAUCCAAACGAAUCCCGACUUUUACUACGGACCGGUUACUGGCCUUAUUGCGCGCAAUGCUGGUUAUAUCUUUCCAGGCCGACUGUUCCGGAACCACUCGCGUGAGAAUCCCGAAGGAGUAUUGACCAAGAGCCAUAUCCGGAACUUCUACGGCAUUUACGGGGAAGAACAUAAUUUGACAUACCGCGAAGGAUGGGAAAGAAUCCCUGAGAAUUGGUACAAGUCUCCCGUAGACUAUGGCCUUAUCCAACUCAAUCUGGAUACAAUUGACUGGCUUGUAAAGUACCCAGAGCUUGGAAGCGUUGGAGGCAACACUGGCACCGUGAACAGCUUUGCUGGGCUUGAUCCAGCAGAUCUGACUGGCGGUGUGCUCAGCUUGGCCACCCUCCUAGAGGGUAACAAUCUGCUUUGCUUUGUGUUCGAAGUGCUGAAAUUCGCUAGCCCCAACGCACUUUCUGGGCUAUAUGGGACCAUUGCUGAGCCGCUGGAAUUUGUCACCAACAUUCUCGCUGUUCCUUUGCUGAAUGUGACUUGCCCUGCGUUCCAGGAUCUUCAAAUGGGAGGCAAGCCAAUUUGGGAAGCACUUCAAGACGACUUCCCUGGUGCUAUGAAAAGCAACCGUGCUUUUUGA